UCCACACGCAUGCGUCCCCUAAACGGAACGGCGACACCAUUUUAGAGACAGAAGACAGAAAUCAACAGUCAAUAAUUCAUCAGUAAUUGAAUUGACCAGAGAGCAUAUGUGUGUCCUGACAGAACUCGACCCGUAGAAGUCAGAACCUGAUCCAGAGAAGAGAAGAACCGAUCUCUUGAUACUGCUGGACCGGACCUGAGCUCAGUUUCGGAUCUGUUCAGUGUUGUUUGUUUGUGUGUGUGUGUGUGUGUUCGGGUGGAGCUGAAGCAGCGCGGUUCCGUCCAAAGCACAGAUGGAUGGAGACGAGGAGAUCCACUCAGAUGAUGGCAGUGGUACUCCAGUUCAGGACGAGCAGGAGGAUUUGAGACCCGAAUCACGACAGUCAGACGAUGACGGCAGCGAUAAUGAGGACGCGGCUCACGACAGGAAGUCUGAUAACGCAGACAGCGGGUCGGAUCACGAAGGCCGUGGAGCAGACGGCAGUGAUUCAGAACCUGAACCGCCACGGCCCGCUGACAGCGACAAUGAUGAGGAGGACAGCUCAUCUGUGAAGCGAAGAGCGAGCAGCUCCGACAUUGAGGAGGAGCAGGAGAAGACGCACCCCACCAGCGACUCCGACCACGACGAGCAGGAGACACGACGCAGCCCGAGAUCAGACGCGGGCAGUGAAUCAGACGACGACAAACCCAAAGAGAAAACACAGAGAGGGUCUGAUGAUGAAGAGGAAGGAGGGAGUAAAGAGAAAGGGAAGUGGAAAUCUGUGAUGAACUCAGACAGCGAGGAAGAAGAGGAUAAACCAAAGGAUGAAGCUGGUCAAAGUGACCAGGACGAAGGGCCCAAACGACGGGCUCUGGACAGCGACGAUGAUGAUGAAGAUGAAAAGCCUGUGAAGAGGAAGAAAGCCAUUCUUUCGGACAGCGAGGAAGAUGAGGAGAAAGAGGUGAAGAAGAGCCGGCUGGUGUCUGAUGAUGAAGACUCUGGCAGUGACGAAGGCUCUGGAGCUCCUGAUAAAAGUUUAGCAGCUAAACUGAGAGAGCUGGGCUCGGACAGUGAGGAAGAGGAGGACGCGAAGAAGACAGACGCCGGGACGAAAGACGAGAAAGCGCUGUUCGGCAGUGACAGCGACUCGGGCGAUGACGAAGAAGAGAAAAUGAUCGCAGAUAUCUUCGGUGAAUCUGGCGAUGAAGAGGAGGAAGAGUUUACGGGCUUUAAUCAAGAGGAGUUGGAGGGCGAGCGGCAGCAGUCUCAGACCGCAGGAAAUAAGGGUGCGGAGAACUACUCUGACUCUGAUGAUGAUGUCAUGGACAGAGGAGGAAACGACAUGUCCUUCAUGUCAGAUUUUGACAUCAUGUUGGCUCGUAAGAAGGCUCAGAGCGGCAAACGCAGACGGAAUCGAGACGGGGGGACGUUCAUCAGUGACGCAGAUGAUGUCGUCAGUGCGAUGAUUACUAAAAUGACAGAAGCUGCAGAGGAGGACAGAACAUUAAACAGUCAGAAGAAACCAGCGCUGAAGAAACUCAUGCUGCUGCCCACAGUAGUGAUGCAUUUAAAGAAGCAGGAUCUGAAGGAUACGUUUAUAGACAGUGGUGUGAUGAUGGCGAUCAAGGAAUGGAUCAGUCCUCUGCCGGAUAAGAGUCUGCCAGCGCUUAAGAUCAGAGAGGAACUCCUCAAAAUACUACAGGAAUUGCCCAGUGUGAGUCAGGAGACACUGAAGCUCAGUGGAAUCGGGCGAGCAGUCAUGUACCUCUACAAACACCCCAAAGAGUCUCGACCGAACAAAGACGUCGCGCUCAAACUCAUCAACGAGUGGUCACGGCCCAUCUUUGGUUUAACGUCUAACUACAAGGGAAUGACGAGAGAAGAAAGACAGCAAAGAGACCUCGAUCAGCAGAUCUCCCCCCGCAGACGACUCAGUUCAGGUGGACAGACUCCUCGCAGAGAUUUGGAAAAGGUGCUCACCGGAGAAGAAAAGGCGUUGCGGCCGGGUGACCCCGGGUUCUGUGCGAGGGCACGUGUGCCAAUGCCAUCCAAUAAGGACUACGUGGUUCGGCCGAAGUGGAACGUAGACAUGGACUCGAGCAGAAUGAGUGGGGGUCCAAUGAAGAAGGGAUUAUCACGAGUAGAUAAACAGAUGCGACGCUUUGCAGACAUCAAACGGCUAACGAAGACAGGACACGCUGUAAAGAUUAGCGUGGAGGGGAAUCGUAUGCCUCUCUGAUACCCAUUUCUGCCCCCCAGCUUUCUUUUGUUUUGAUUUUUCUGUGAAGUGCUGCCACUCUUGGAUUCUACAAUAGUUAUGCAGAAUAAAGAGAUGUCAAAAAAGCUACGUACGCAUAAUUUAGCGUAGCUACACAUUUGCAACUUAUCCGCUGCGUAGAGAACUGAACUGUAAAACCCUGCAGCGUUUGGUUCUGAUGUAUCUUUCAUAAUAAAGAGUUUCCAUGUAAUAACUUUUA